AUGUUUUACGCCCACGGACUCUCACGCCCACGGACUCUCACGCCCACGGACUCUCACGCCCACGGACUCUCACGCCCACGGACUCCCACGCCCACGGACUCUCGCGCCCACGGACUCUCACGCCCACGGACUCUCACGCCCACGGACUCUCACGCCCACGGACUCUCACGCCCACGGACUCUCACGCUCACGGACUCUCGCGCCCACGGACUCUCACGCCCACGGACUCUCACGCCCACGGACUCUCACGCCCACGGACUCUCACGCCCACGGACUCUCACGCUCACGGACUCUCGCGCCCACAGGCUCUCACGUCCACGGACUCCCAUGCUUGUUCAUGAAUCUAAUCAUGUAUAA